AUGGGUACUAAUACUUUUGAGAUUCUUGAGAUUUGCGGAGACGGUACAUUUGGCAUUGUAUAUAAAGCCAAACAAAAGUCAACAGAAACAUUUGUUGCUAUUAAAAGAGCUAAGGAAGUUAAAUAUGAAAGACCUGUGCAAGAACGGAUUCCAAACGAGAUAGAAAUUUUACGCAAAGUUCAACAUGAAAAUUCUUUAUUGAAAGAUUAUACUCUUUCACCACACGAAGUCAAGUCUUGUAUUUGGAUGAUACUCACUGGUGUUGUUCAUAUUCAUAAUAUUGGUGUGAUACAUAGAGAUUUAUCACCAAGUAAUAUAUUAAUUAGUGACUCUGGUGUUAUCAAGAUUUCUGAUUUUGGGAUAGCAUGGGUGGAUUCUAAUAAUGGUUAUGAACCUAGAGAACUUCUUUACUCAGCUGAAAAUUAUUCUAAUGCAAUUGAUUUAUGGUCACUUGGAUGUAUCUUUGCUGAAUUUUUUACAAAACCUGCCAGCUCACCAUUGUUUCAUGGCGAAAACGAUAUUGAGCAAUUAAGUGAAAUCUUUCGCAUAUUAGGAGUUCCUGAUGAAUCAACCUGGCCUAUGAUAGAUUUUCCGGAUUAUGGCAAGUUUACUUUUAUUCAAAAAGAUUGUGAUGGACUAACAAUUAAACAUUUACCUAAAGCAAAGUCACAAGAUGCGCUUUUAGAUCCACUAUUCGAUACUGACGAUUUUUCAAAGUUUUGUAUUAACAUUCAAGACCUUAAAAAACGAAUAUGA